AUGAGUGCCCGCCAAAACCUCCACAUUGGGGUCUUCAUCCCCUCGCCUUCGGGAGCGCAGCUCCUCGAUACCGCAUGUAUCGACGUGUUCGGUGUUGCUUCUUAUGAAUACCUCUCAGCGCUGUCUAUUGUGCCCAAGGAUCUAUCGUCUCUGGCACCCGAGGUGAAGAUCUCGUAUAUUGGCAGCCAGAAAUCAGGCUCCCUGAUCGGGCUCACUGCAAGCAUGAAGAUCGAGCUCAGCAACCACUUCUCCGAUGCGGAGGUCGCCCCCGGGAAGCUAGAUGUCGUCCUCGUGCCGGGCCCGGACCCCUGGACCACCUGGGACGAGGACGCCCUCUCGUGGCUGCGCCAGCAGGGCGCGGCCCCCGGCACGGACAUCCUCAGCGUCUGCACCGGCAUCUACCUCUGUGCCGCGGCGGGGCUGGUGGACGGGCGGAAGGCGUGCGGGCCGAGGGGCUUCCAGACCGAGCUGAGGGAGAAGUACCCCAAGGCGGAGUUUGUGGGCGAGAAGCUCAGGUGGGUGAGGGACGGCAACUUCUGGAGCAGCGGCGGCGUCACCAACGGCAACGACCUGGUCGCUGCCUACGUCCGGGAGAGCGGCCGUUUCCCCAGCCCGGUUGCUGAGUUUGCGUGUGGGCUGGCCGAGGUUGGGGACCGGCCGCAGCUCUACUCGGAUAAAUAG